AUGUUAGAACCACUGCAGCGAAUGAGAAACGCCGUUAUUGAAGGCAACCUACCUAUUGUCAAACGAAUACUAUCACGAUUCCCUGACUUGUGGUUGAAUAUUGAUCCCCAGAACCAGGGUUGGAGUAACCUACAUUAUGCAUCAUUCUAUGGUCAUUAUUUGAUAUGUUUCCAUCUAAUAUCAUACAUGAACAAAACUAUGGGGAAUGAUUUACAAAAUCGAUUCACAAAAUUGGAUCUAUUAGCAUUUGAUGAUACAACCGUGUUGCAUUUAUGUAUGAGGAAGAAACAUUCACAGACAUUGCAUUAUUUAUUACAAGAGUUCCCUGGGAAGUUAUGGUUGAACUCAUUGGCGGGAGAAUUACGCCAAACACCCUUGCAUUAUAGUUGUCAGUAUAAUUUCAAAGAAGGCACUACUUUAUUAUUGGAGUUUGGUGCUAAAUGGGAUAUCCAAGAUAAGAAUGGCGAUACCUGCUUACAUCUUUGCUUUCAGUAUGGAAGUACAGGAUGUUUAUAUGAAUUGAUAAAAUAUAUUGUCAUCCAAUCAUCUACCAAAGCAGAAGCUGAAUCCAAAAUACAGGAAUUAGAAAAAAUUAAGAACAAACACGAUUGGGUUGCUAGUGAAUAUUCAACUAGUUUUGAUUUAAUUAGUCAAUACGAAGAAAUGAAGAAAGAUUUGUUAUCUCAAAACCAUGAAGCCAUGUUGUCGGAUUUCAAGAUGUCAAUACCAAUCUUUGCCCCUCCAAGCGAAACUUCUACAUUAAACAAUUCUAAUGGAAACAACAAGAUUUUAGCUAGUCCAAUUAUCCUGAUGUCACUGCAAAAUCAGGACGAUAAAAAAAUUCAAGGCAGACAACAUUCACAAUCAUUGCCCUCAGAUAAUAAAACUCGUCCACCACCAAUACUCCGAAACAGGUCAAGCACUACGUAUAUCUACAAACCACCAUCAGCAACAUUGAACACAUCGCAACUGGCUGCAACUCCAAGAACAAGCAAUGCCGGUUUAGCCACUACACCAACAACCCCACAAACUUUGCAUAGCAGUCUAAAAGGUGUUACGAUUUCACCUUCCAUUAGAAAUGGAUCUAAUACUUCAUACAACUCCACCACUGAUGAAGAACCUGUUUCUCCACAAUCAAUGAUUUCUACAACGUCUUCUACAUUUAAUGGUUCGCCCAGCUAUAAAAUGGGACCACGAAAGAAGAGUUUCUCGUUAUCAAAGUCAGCACAGCUACCUCCAAUUAAUUCAGAGAAUGCAUUAUGGCCCAUGGUAUCUGUUGAAACACCACAACAGCAAUCACCCGUGUCAAGAACUCCGGAUCAAAGACCACGUAAAUCGUCCUCAGCUUCUUCUAUUGCUGCUAGAGUUGCUUUUAAUUCUAGUAGAUCAUCUUUGAAUCAGGCAGAAAGCCCCAGGAAAAAGCAACAAGAAUCAAGGCCAAACAAUACUCAUAGCAAUAGUUUGAACAGUUCAUCUUCAAUUGGCAGUUUGGCAAGUUCUGGAAGCAGUGGUGGUGAUGCUACUGGUGAAUCUACAACAAUCAAUCCUGAAAUUGGUGUAUUACGAGAAACAAAGUCGUCUGGAACGCUUCAAUCAGCCGCAGACUACCCAAGUAACAGACAUGCUGGAAUUAACAGUAGCGUAACAUCGCUAAAUAGUAAUGGAUCGGACAAUUUAAAGAAAUUUAGCGUCCAUAGCAUUAGUUUUAGUAGGGUUAGGUAA